UUCCACUUCCCUCAGAUUCCAAACAGAGGGUUACGUUCCAGACGGGCCGGAAGGUUUUUUAUGUUCGUUUUAUCGUGGCCACUUUCUUUAUGCCCAGAUGGAGUUUGCGUUGGUAAAUGUCUGGCGGCGUGACAAAUAAGCCCCAAAACGCUAACUUUUCUCUCCCACUCUCUCUCUCUCUCUCUCUCUCUCUCUGCGGUGUUGGUGGGCAGCAGUGGUGGUGGUGGUGGUGGUGACUGGAUUGGGAGCUAGGAUUUUAAGAUUGAGGAUUUUUUUUCGAAAUUAGGGGUUGGGAUUUCUCUCGGCAGUUGGCGGUUUUCUCGGGGGAAUAGGGUCGCGAAAUCAGGGGUUGAAGCUUCCGGUUGUGGUGGUGUUCCUUGUCUAUCUUCGCGGCCAUGGCUGCAGGUGGUUCUAGUUCCGCCGUGGUUCCGGCUUUCGAUCCGGACGAGUACCGGCCUCUGCCGCAUGAGUUCGAGCCGGUGGGUCUAAAGCUGUACCAGCAGAAAUCAAGGAAGAUAAAUAAGCACCGGAAAAAGAAAGCAAGGAUACUCGACAACGAGGCAGUGCCACGAGAGCCGGAGAUACACUUCUCAGUGAAGAACAAAGAGGCAAAGGAUUACAUCAGGGGCUUCGGGGGUUCAGGGAAGGUGAAACAAUGGUAUGAGACACUCCCCCGAAGAGCAAAGGAGUUGGUAGAUGGCACAGGCUUUGGGGGGUUUGUACAGCUGCUAGGCGAGACUAGUAACGAUCGCUUGCAGCUUACAGCCCUAGCCGAGAGGUGGUGGGAUACUACCAAUACAUUUCACCUACCCUUUGGGGAGGCUACACUAACACCUCUGGACUUCGCGGCAAUUACUGGGAUACGGGUUGGGGGAGAUCCGAUUCCAUUUGAUAUUGGACUUUACAAAAAUAGGUCUGCUUUGGUCUAUUUUCUCGGUCGGGUGCCUGAUAUGACUGACACAGGUACCGUGCGUUACUCAUGGUUUUACGAGACUUUCAAGAAGCAUCCUUGUGUAAUGGAGAGGGAUUAUGAGCACGUGGCCCGAGCCUUCCUAUUGUAUUUGUUUGGGGCCGCAUUGUUUCCGAAUAAGGAUAGUCGGGUUCACCUGCACUAUUUGGCUGGGAUGAAGGACUUGUCCACUGUCAAGGACUACGAUUGGGGAGGUGCUGCACUUGCUACUCUUUAUGGCCAUAUGGGGGCCAUCUCCAGGGGGACCACAUUGAGUAUGGGGGGAUACUGGCGGGUUUGGGAGAUAUGGAGUUACGAGUUUUUGAGGAUGCAUGUUCCAAAAAAUAGCUAUGCAGACCCUUCGGUGAUCCCCCGAGGAUUGAAGUGGGCGCGAGACUCUAGGGGAAAGAAGGAAGGUAGGAAGAACUUGACGACAUAUCGUCUUUUCUUGGACCAAUUGAUGAAGGAACAUGUGAUUUGGGAUGUAUGGGCGGGGGUUGAUCCAGUGGUACACGCUGAUUUAUUGAGGAGUGGACAGGCCAAUGGUCGGAGGAUUUUGUUGGAGGGACCAUUUUGCAGACAGUGGUACCUGGGGGAGAGAGUGGUGAGACAGUCCCUAGGCUACGACGUAUUUAGGGUGCCGAAACCGAUUCCCACUUCUAUGCUGAAUACGAGGAGCUUGACAGUAGAGGAUGUGGCGCGAUGGACUAAGGGUGAGGAUGCUGCCACCUUUUUGGAAGAGUCCGGGGACUACGAGGAGCACAUGGUACAGAGGCUUACGCCUGUCUUGGGUGUAAGUAGAGUUCAGAGAGGCCCUCCCCCAGGACCACAUGCUGUAACUGUGCCAUCGGCGGCAACAGAAGCAGCUCCAACAGAAGGAGGAGCUGAGGUUCCAAUUGGUGCUCUUUUGGUGGAGCUUCCUCAGUUGCCAUGGCAAGUGGACUACUACAGUAGAACGGGGCAGAGGCGGUACAUUGACAUUCCUAGUCCAGAGCACGGGGACUUCACUCUCCCGCCUAAUGUCCAACAGGUGCCCCGGGAGUAUGUGGAGGCGUGCUUUCGUAAUAUAAGUGGCUUAAGAGUCCUUGUCCGACAGCAGGCAAUGACGGACAAGACAGUGAGACCUCCUCAGUUGGGGAGCGAGGAUGAGGAGUAGGACGAGGACACAGAGUUGGCUAGUAUCGUGGCUUCACCUUCGGGGCUUUUGGCCAAGAAGCCCCGUCAGUGGCACUCAGUUCUUUACUUUCCUUUAUGCUUGUACGUAGUGUUAGGGUAGAUGAUUUGUAUGAUGAUGCUCAGUUUAUACCCUAUUUUGUAUUUUGCAUCGAACGGUAAUCGCACUUAUUGCUUUCGAUUAGUCUAGUUGAUGCCAUAGUUCUGAUUUAUGACCCUUUUCUCAUAUGAAAGUCGUGGAUUCUCAAA